UUUAAAGAUAUGGAUGUAAUGAGGCCCUUAAUAAAUGAGCAGAAUUUCGAUGGGACAUCAGAUGAAGAACAUGAGCAAGAGCUCCUACCUGUUCAGAAGCAUUACCAGCUUGAUGAUCAAGAGGGCAUUUCAUUUGUACAAACUCUUAUGCAUCUUCUUAAAGGAAAUAUUGGAACUGGCCUUUUAGGACUUCCAUUGGCCAUAAAAAAUGCAGGCAUCGUGCUUGGACCAAUCAGCCUUGUGUUUAUAGGAAUUAUUUCUGUUCACUGUAUGCACAUUUUGGUGCGUUGCAGUCACUUUCUCUGUCAGAGGUUUAAAAAGUCAACAUUAGGCUAUAGUGACACUGUGAGCUUUGCUAUGGAAGUAAGUCCUUGGAGUUGUCUUCAGAAGCAAGCAGCAUGGGGACGGAGUGUGGUUGACUUUUUUCUGGUGAUAACACAGCUGGGAUUCUGUAGUGUUUAUAUUGUCUUCUUAGCUGAAAAUGUGAAACAAGUUCAUGAAGGAUUCCUGGAGAGUAAAGCGCUUGUUUUGAAUAGCACCAAUUCAUCAAAUCCAUGUGAGAGAAGAAGUAUUGACCUAAGGAUAUAUAUGCUUUGCUUUCUUCCAUUUUUAAUUCUCUUGGUCUUCAUUCGUGAGCUGAAGAAUCUGUUCAUGCUCUCAUUCCUUGCCAACAUUUCCAUGGCCGUCAGUCUUGUGAUAAUUUAUCAGUAUGUUGUUAGGAAUAUGCCAGAUCCCCACAACCUUCCAAUAGUGGCUGGUUGGAAAAAAUACCCACUUUUUUUUGGGACUGCUGUAUUUGCUUUUGAAGGCAUAGGAGUGGUCCUUCCACUUGAAAAUCAAAUGAGAGAAUCAAAACGCUUCCCCCAAGCAUUGAACAUUGGCAUGCUAAUUGUUACAACCUUGUAUGUAACAUUAGCUACCUUAGGAUAUAUGUGCUUUCAGGAUGAAAUCAAAGGCAGCAUAACUUUAAAUCUUCCUCAAGACGUAUGGUAGGUAGCUAUGAGUAUCUCAAUCCUAGUUUGUAUAUUAUAUAUAGUUUGCCAAUAUUUGAUGAUAAAGGUGAAUUUUUGGAUUUAUAGUUUAAACAUAUGAAUUUUUACUGAUUUCUUUAUUUGUGUAAUCUAGAAUAUUUUUAUAAUCUUCAGAGGAGACCAUCUUUGAUUUUACAGGUCUUUUUCAAAAA